AUGGGGUGUCUGUGCGGGCACGAGGACGAGGAGGGCCACAAUGGGGCGCACCCUCCCGCCCCUGCUCCCGCCAAAGAUGUUUUUGCAGAGAACCGGAAGUGCCGCGACGUCCUGUUCCUCAUCCUAUUUGUUGCCUUCUGGGCGGGCAUGUUCUAUGUGGGCGGCACUGCUUUCAACAAGGGGGAUCCCAACAGGAUUAUCUACGGCCUGGACAGCCAGGGCAACCUGUGUGGCCAGAAGAACGCUGGCGUCAAUGGCACCGGCGGCCCCGACCUCAGUAACAAGAAGCGCCUCUACUGGCUGGACUACCGUGACAUCGUGGGGGGCAACAUCACACGCUCCAAGCGGGUCUGUGUGGCAGACUGCCCUGCCAAUAGCACCGAAUUCGUGUGUGCCUACAACGGUCAGUACGAGACGGACUACUUCAACAUGCUCUCCAUUGCGGGCAAGCUCAACUCAGCGCUGGGCUCUGGCCCCUGCUACCCGGUCCUGCUGCCAACGGUGUCGGUUUUGAACAAGUGCUUCCCUCAGGCCCCCCCGGGCCUCACUGCCUUUGUGAACGGCGCUGUCAACGCUUCCGCUGCUGCCCCGUCCAGCACCGUUAGUGCCAAUGCAACGGUCGACUUCGAAUUCGUGGCAUCGAUGGCGGCCAACCUGUCCAAGAACAAGCUGCAGGCGUACAUCAGCGACUUGAUCAAGGCGUGGCUGGUGGUGCUGGUGUGCGGCGUGGGCGGCGGCGUGCUGUUCAGCGUGCUGUGGAUCGCGGUGCUGCGCUUCUGCGCGGGCGUCAUGGCGUGGACGUCCAUCCUGCUGGUCAACGCCGCGCUCGUCGGCUGCACGCUCUUCUGCUACGCCAAGGCCGGCAAGCUCAACGGGCAGGCCAUCGCGCAGGACCUGGGCCGCGACCUGCCCGCCGCGCUCAAUCCCUCCACCGAGGACCGCCACGUGUUCCUCGUGGUGGCCUACGUCAUGACGGGCCUGUCGGUGGCGAUGCUGGUGAUCACGGGCCUGCUGUUCCGGCGCAUCCGCAUCGCGGUGGCGUGCCUCAAGGUGGGCAGCCAGGCCGUGGCCGCCAUGCCGCUGCUCAUGCUCUUCCCCGCGCUACCCUUCCUCCUCCUGGUCGCCCUCCUCGCCUACUGGGUCGCCGUCGCCGCCUUCCUCUACAGUGCGGGCGACAUCGUGCACGCUGCGGACGGCAGCUACAGCAUCGUGUGGGACACCACGCUGCGCUACAUGGCGGUGUACCACCUCUUCGGCCUGCUGUGGACGUGGCAGUUCAUCGCGGGGCUGGGCUACUGCGUCGUCGCCGGCGCGGUGGCCAGCUUCUACUGGUGCCGCGGCGACCGCAGCCGCGUGCCGCGGUGCCCCAUCACACUCGCGGUGAAGCGCACGGCGUGGUACUACCUGGGCUGCGUCGCGCUGGGCAGCCUCAUCGUGGCGCUGGUGCAGUUCGUGCGGCUGCUGCUCGAGUGGGUGGACCGCAAGGCGCGCAGCGUCACCGGCGGCGGCGGCUGGCUGGCGUACGUCAUGGGCUGCCUGCGGUGCGUGCUGUGGCUGGUGCAGAAGAUCGUGCAGUUCAUCAACAAGAACGCGUACAUCAUGGUCGCCGUCAAGGGCACCGGCUACUGCGACUCCGCCGCACGCGCCGUGGCGCUCAUCCUCAGCAACGCGGUGCGCGUGGCUGCGGUGAACACGGUGGGCGCGAGCCUGCUGUGGGUGGGCAAGGUGGCCGUCGCGGCGCUGUGCGGCGGCUUCGCGUUCCUCAUGUGCGACCUGCCGCAGUAUGCGCAGCCCGACCGGCCGGCGUACCUGUCCAGCCCGCUGUUCCCGGUGCUCUUCUCCGCGGUGUUUGCGUACUUCAUCGCGGCGGUGUUCAUGAACGUGUACGAGAUGGCCAUCGACGCCGUGCUGCUCUGCUUCUGCGAGGACUGCGAGCGCCACGACGGCGACCCGCAGUACGCGCCGCCGCUGCUGCUCACCGCGCUCGGCAAGGCCGCGCACAAGGAGACCACCGUCGUGCCCUCCGCCCCGCCCGCCCUCGCCCCUCCCGCGCCCCCGCCCACGGCGUACUCGUACUCGCCCAGCUCGCCGGGCCCGCUGCAGCCGUACCCGCCCGGGGUACCGCCCCCGAUGCAGGGGGGCUGGGUGGCCGGCCCGCACGGCAGCAUGAUGAGCGCGCCGCACCGGGUGCAGGCCGGGCAGGGAGUGUACGGAUACACCGGCCGGUGA